UCAUCCCGUUUAGCCAACCACCCCCCCUUAGGGACGCAAGCUCCCGCUGCCGCUGCUAAACAAAGAAAAGACUGUCUCGUCUGAAGGCUAUCAGCCCUCGAUGUGCGUUUUACCUUUCCGUUCGGCUUCUCCACAUCAAUAGGUCACUACCAGCUCCUCUUAAGCUCGUUUGGGUCUGCCAAUACGAAGUGCUACACUCUUAUCUCGCCACAACUUCCCUUCUAACUAUACCCUCGCACAUAUAUUGGGCACGCGCACCACCUUUACUUACAUCGCCACAACAUAUCUAGCUCUGACAAGAAAUCCUCCUAGACUGCACCCAGCCGGUGUCUUCAUUCUACAUCAAAGUUAUUUUAUCCAAUUCUGUCUUACUGCCUGUAUCUGUGAGACACGCCUGGACACAGCGUCGAAGUCGGAAAUCGGCGACAUUUUUUGCAAAGGAUCCGAGUGGAGCUCAGACGAUACGAUUGCGUGUGAUGAACUGAAGCGCAUAGUAGUAGAGAGGCUCUGCGAGUUCACGAGUUCGCCGCACCUUCUACAAGACGAAGACUGAAAUAAGAUCUCCUGCCACGAAUAACUAAUUUCAAAAAUCAUAUACCUUCUUACACCUCCAGCCAUGGUGCAAGAUCUGAACCAACCCCGGGAUCCCUUCCCACCCAGGACAUAUUGGGCACACCAGGACAGAUUUCCUAUGGAGCCAGUCCAGGACGAUGGUCGCUUCGCCGACUCACAAGACGUGAGACGGCCCCCUAUGGCGAUUGACAAGGCCUUGCGCGAGUACUGUAACAUUUCCGCGGAAUUCUACGUGGUCAUGACUGUCAUUGAGGGAAAGCCUCACAUAUUCACAGCACCACAUAUACCUUCGAUAAAUAUAUCGAGAUUCUUAGAUGUGGAAGCCCUCGGCCGCGAACUGCAGCGUGCUCAGCCUGCUGCAAAUCCUACGUAUCCUGAAUCAGAAUUUACCUCCUUCGAUUCAGAUAUCAGCCGAUAUUCUAUGGACUCGACUAGACGCUGGACACAAGACCGGCGGUAUGGUCAAUCUAUGGGUUUGACAGGCUUUGAGGAUGACGGGGAAUACAAAGCCCGCAAACGGCCAAGAGCAACGUUAUCACGACGUGAAACCGAGAACUUCGAGGAUGAACCAGUAGCUUCGUCAAGUUCCUUGAGGAGAAAGAUUGAAAUCCGCGACGAGAAGGCUGUAUGGCAGUUCUACGAAGAACGUUUUAAAAGCAUUCAACAAAAUGCAUGUAAACUACUGGCUAAGGCUUGGGUGAAGGCUGUUGAGCCUAAGAAGCAAUCGACACAUCCCUAUACAGGCUCAGACGAGAAGGCACCCGAUUGGUGGCCCAAGCCUUGGGGGCCAGGCAAGGAACACCGAGUAAGACACAAGGAACCAGAUCAUCUAUAUAAGCGAGAACGAAUACAUCUUCUGGUACAUAUUCUUCGGCUGAUCGUUGAGCCUAACCAUCUUCAACAUCCAACCAUCCAAAAACUCUAUUUGAAUGUAGCCAAGCUGGAGGAGGUUACCACCGAAGCCCUGUCAUCGUUCUUCGCCGACAAAGAAAACCCGAGCAAUUUGGCGAAGAGACCAUAUUUAAAAGAGAUAUUCAGAGUCGCUCAAAAUGAAGAACGUUAUAAAGACGGACAGAUCGAUGGAACAACUAUUGUCCACGUAAUGCCAAAUGAUCGAGUUGGCCAGGGCUACGUGUCGGAUACUGAGGAUGUCACCCCGGGGAGAGAAGACGGUGACCAUAAUCCAACGCCGAACUCUUCUAGUGCAUCGCCUCAGAGAACAAGUAUACCACAGACUCUUAUGGCUCAGGCUCACAGCACAGAACAAAGUCCGACCACCCAAAUGUCCAGCGACACCUUUGUGGGAGAUAUGCCAGUUCGCGGGAAUCAAUAUUCUCAGCCACUCCUAAAUCCAGAAAUGACCACGGAACGACAGACCUUUGUGGAGGCCCCUAGUAUAGCCAAUCAUGCCCCACUUAAUCCAACAACGAAUAUCGGUCUCCACGAUAUGUACACCAGUACUCACGAUUCCAGCAGGAGAUCGUCCAUGUUCACCUCCCCGCCGGAGUACACCAGCCCGGCUACGCCAACCAUCUACCAACAGUGGCAAGCGAAUUCAACAGCGCCCAGCAAUCCGUCGAUUUAUGCCUUCCCGCAGCAGGCAGGUAAUGCGCAUCAGUCUUUCGUUGGCCAUGCCGGCGUGUCGAUUCCACAAAAUCAGCAAUAUAUGGGGACUUCAUUUGACGGGUUAUCAAGGGGAAGCCAUGAUACGCAGCAUGGUGGCAUGAUGCGCGCACUUCCUCAGCCUGGCUACCCUAGCUAUAUGCCCCACGAGCCGGGACCUCUUUCGGCAUCAGGUACUAAGGCUGAUCCCCUUCCUAGGCAUCCCACACAGUAGGCCCACUGUCAGUCGACGGGGGCUUACGAUCCUGUCGGGCGACAAUACCUGUGCUGCCCCUACCUGUGUGGGUGAUUCCGACCUAGCGUUGGAGCUUCCCAUGCUGGGGCAGAUCAUUGAGCGUCU